CCCGCCCUCCCUUAGCCCCCCACACAGAACGACGCCUGCAUCAGGGCCAGAGGCUCAGGGUCUGGACAUUCUGGCGUCUACAAAUACAGGUUCAUUUAUGGCACCAGCCACGGUUCCGCUCGGCACACCGCUGUUUGACGACAAGCGCGCGAUCAGCAAGGGGCCGCUAGAUAUUGGAGGGCAGGGAGAUAAGCAGUAUGAACAUGAACUGUCGACACUUGGCGGGUACGAGUCCACAGUCAAACCAUUCAUCACGAACCGUCCGGAUAUCAAGAGUGUGCUAGCUAGUGCGUCACUAUCGGUGAAUCAUAGGUAUCCGACACAGGUCACCCCCGCUGCCAGCGUGCUUACCAUGAUGAAAACAGUCACUGUAAACGACAAGCCAGUGCUCCAGGUCGUGGUGUCGUCAAACAACACUGUGAUACCUGCAAGUCUGACCAUAUCGUACUCGAACGUAUAGAAUGCGUGUAUAGCGUUGCACCAGAGAGCGAAGCGGCAUAUUAUUCUGCUGUAAAGGCUGAUAGUAGUGGCAUCGGCAGUGGUUUAUGUUUGAACAGUGGGAUUCCGUAUUAAAGUUACC